AAGGCUGUCAGUCUUCGAUAGUAUCUUGUCGAUGAUCGAGGAGGCGCAACGAGAAACGGUCGCAAACGGUUCGGAAAUCGUUUUGCUCGAAACCGCCGUGUGUUUUGGCGCCAAAUCGUUCGGCCGUCAGGAAUUGAUGUGAAAGUCUUGGACCGGUUGAUCCGGUUGAUCUAAUCGCGCACGUCGACACCAGGUCAGUUCCUCGUCGGAGCCGAAAAGACGUCGCUCGGAAGCUUCGCCGGUGCGCACUUGGUUCUCCCGUUGAUUUCCCCCGGAAAAAUGGAGGACUCGACGACGGCGCGUCUCAAGAAGCUCGUGGCGGACAGCAACGAGGCCCUGGAGCUCAGAUUAAUCCGCAACCUCGACGACCUGCACUCGGAAGAGGCUGUCUUCAAGCCGGAGAUGACUUAUCAGGUGUUCGGAGACAGGGAGAUAAUAUUUGGUUAUCUGGACUUGAAAAUACAGCUGUUCUACUCGGCAGGUUGCUUGGAAACGUAUCUGGGUAUAGAGUAUACGGAGAAGGUAAACGCGAAGCACGAGGGAGUCGAGGCCGACGAGGUGCUGUCAAAGAUCGCGCCGAAGCUCGCACCUGAGUUUCACUGUAGCUUGGCCACCUUCACCAAGGCACUCGCCAAGGACGAUACGUUCACACCGUACGGAGAAUUGAUACACUCUUUCCUGCUGGACGACGAGGGCACGACGAGACAGUUUGUGGUCUACAAGGCGGACAUGAGUUACAAGGGAUUCCGGGAGUAUCAUCAGAGGAUCCAAACGUUUCUUCUUUGGUACAUAGACGCGGCUCUUUUCAUCGACCUCGACGACGAGCAGUGGCAGUAUUUUAAUUUAUUCGAAAAAUAUACCACGCCUACUGGUAGCACUCGAUACAUGACGAUUGGUUUCGCCACUGUGUAUCGAUAUUACGCCUAUCCGCAGCACAUUCGGCCGCGCAUCGCCCAAUUCCUAAUUUUGCCACCAUUUCGAAGGAUAGGUCUUGGCAAACACUUGUUGCAAGCGAUUUAUCGCGAGUACAUUGGAAGGCGUGAAGUUAAGGAUAUGACAGUGGAAAGUCCGUCCGAGGUAUUCCAACGGCUACGAAACUACGUUGACGCCUUGAACUGCAGCACACUGCCCAGUUUUGCGCCAAAGCGUUUAAAGCAGGGUUUCGACAAUGAAAUGGUCGUUGAGGCUAGGAACAAAUUCAAGAUAAACAAGAAACAGGCCCGCGUGGUGUACGAGAUCCUGCGAUUGCUGGCGACGAAUGUCGCGAAUCCGGAAGAAUAUCGGGCGUACAGAAUAGACGUGAAGAAAAGACUGAAUAUACCGUUUAAGAGAAAACAGAAUGAGGAGCUGAAAAUAGAGCGCGCGUUGAAGAAUUCCACGGACAAGAGCACGUACACGAACGGUAACGGUCUGCCGUCUGACGAGCAGCGCAAGGAGAUACUAGAAAAGGAAUACCGGAUCCUGGAGGAGGAAUACAAGGUGGUCAUCAAGCGAUUGGAGUACGAUUCCGAACUGUAAAAUGUGCUAAUUGAGAAUACGAUGAGGAAAUUUUUUAAGCCGUGAAGACUAAAUAUGUCGAUAAUUUUCACCAUUUUAUAUUUGUGUACAGAUGUCUCUUCUUCAUUAAAUUUAUCUUGCUUUUCUA